GAAAUGUGUAAGAAUGCUUCUGAAUCAUUUCAUUCUUGGAUUUUGGAGCUAUGUGCGUUGCCUAUCUGUCAAAUGCUUGAGGGCAUCAGGAUUAAACUCAUGGUCAUGGUGUCUGAAAGAAGUCGUGAAGCAGGGCAGUGGUGUUCUGUUUUAUGUCCUGAGAUGGAGAAAACCUUGAGUGAAAUGUUGACUGUAGGUCAGCAUUGGAAUGCUAGCCGUUCCAGUACUUCUGUCUUUGAGGUUCAUGCUGAAGUUUCUGUUAUGGUUGAUUUGGUUAAUCAUUUUUGCUCCUGUCAUGAUUGGCAAAUAAAAGGCUUUCCCUGUGCUCAUGCACUUGUUGCUGUUCAAAAAAAUUCUGGUUGCAUGUAUGACUACAUUGAUGAUUACUUCAAGUUGAGCUACUAUAGAAGUUCAUAUGCGACUCUUAUUUCUCCUAUACCUGACACUAAGGAUAUGAUGCAUGAGGGUUCAGAAGAUGUUAUCCUACCUCCACUUAUUAAGAAGGGUAGACCAAGGACUAAAACAAUUAAAUCUGUUGGUAAAGUUCCAAGGGCCAUUACAUGCAGUCGAUGUGGUGCGGUUGCAAGGCAUAAUAAGAAGACAUGUACAGCAAAAUUUUGAUUUUGUUUCACAGUAUUUUCUUAGCAGUGUGCAUAAAUUCUA